AUGUCCAACCAAAAGAAGUCGAUACGCCGUAAGGCUCUCAAUUUCUUUCUAAGUGGAGAAGUCCUUGAAAGGAGGACUACAGAUUUGGGUCUUUUAAGCUGUGUCAAUGUAGUUGAAGCUGCAAAGCUUAUUGAAAACAUACAUGCUGGAGUUUGUGGUACGCAUAUGAAUGGGAUCACCUUGGAAACAAAGAUCCUUCGAGCCGGUCACUUGAUGAGAGAGAUAUGUGAGCAAUUAAAGAUUACUCAUCGAAAUUCAACUGCUUAUCGUCCCCAAAUGAACGGAGCUAUAGAGGCUGCCAAUAAGAAUAUCAAAAAAAAAUUGAGGAAAAUGAUUGAUAAGAAUCGAGGUUGGCAUGAGAUGUUACCAUAUGCUUUACUGGGUUAUCAAACGACUGUCAGAACAUCGACUGGUGCUACUCCAUACUUACUAGUAUAUGGUGCAGAGGCAGUCAUACCUGCAAAAGUUGAGAUACCAUGGUUGAGAAUCAUCCAAGAAGCUGAGUUGAGUAAUGCUGAAUGGAUCAACAAGCGGAUUGAUCAACUAACUUUGAUUGAUGAGAAGAGGAUGGUUGCCAUCUGUCAUGGUCAGUUAUAUAGACAAAGAAUGAUUCGUGCUUUUCACAAGAGAGUAAGAGCCAGAUUGUUCGAAGUUUGUCAAUUGGUUCUUAAACGUAUCUUUCCUCAUCUAGACGGGUACAAAGGAAAAUUCGCACCAAACUUGCAAGGUCCUUACAUGGUUCGUAAAGUAUUAUCUGGAGGUGCUUUGGUCCUGUCGGAGAUGGAUGGCACCGUAUGGCCGAAACCGAUCAACUCAGAUGCCGUCAAGAGAUACUACAUGUGA